CUAGAUUUAAGUUGGCAAGACUUUGAAUUCUUGAUUUUUUCCUUUUUCAUGUCUAAGUCUAUAGAUCUAGAUUUAUAUAAUAUAAAGAGUAUUAUCAUAAAGAAAAUUAGAUCUCGAUCUAUGGACAUAGACUGAUUGAGAUUCUAGAUCUAGUAGAUACAGUCAUUUUCAUCUAACAAACACCCCCUAUUUUGUGAUUAACGAACUACCACAAUACUUCUAUACUCUAUACUAUAGUAGUAGUAGUAUAGUUGUUAAAAUGAGACUUUAUUUUGAUGGCUAUGACAAAAGUACUCUAUUGUUUUUGUUCAUGCUCCAUUUCUUUAUAGUUCAAAGUUCAGACACAUUUAGUCUCAUUUACUCAGAAAAACAAGGGUUUUACUUGGGUUCAAAGAGCACUUACAUGGCAAUGCCAUAUUUACUUUUUUCUUCUAGGACAGAAGGAGGGUAGGCUCGGGUACUCUACUUUCAUUUUCUUGGCAAAACACACAAAAAAAUGUUAAUGGAACAUUCACCAUAUUUGACAUAGAUCUAAAUUCAAUCUACUGGAUCAGUAAUACCAAAACCAAGGCCGGCAAGGCCAGCAAACCGCAGAAAUCUCAAGGAAAAUUGGAUUCUCUUUUGGAAUAACAUGAAAAUGGAGAAUGAAAUUAUUCUGCAAAUUAGCGAACAAUUUUCUGAUGCCAAUUCAGAACCCAUUAUUUCAUUUCAAUGUGACAUUUGCAAUAGAGUUUUUGCUCAUCCAAACAAUCUUAAUCGACAUAAGAAACUGCAUGCUGGUGUGAAGCCCUUUGUUUGUGGGGUUUGUGACAAGACUUUUAAUCGUUAUGACUCUCUGAAAAGCCACAGUCUUAUGCACAAUGAGGAAGACUGCUCUGCAUGCACCAGGUGUGGAAAGAUGUUCAAGAGCAAAACUCUGCUCAAAUCACAUUUGAUAAACAAGCAUGGAGCCAAAAUUUGUUUGUAUGAGCUAUAUCAGAACAAGCACAGCUCAAGGCGCAAGCAGCCUCACAAGUCAUUGCUGUGUGAUAUAUGUGGUGCUUCUUUUGUGGAUGACAAAAGGCUGAAAAAUCAUCUCAAACAACAACACAGCCAUGAUUUAUAUUUGUGUCAUCUGUGUAAUAAAACUUUUAAACAGCAAUCAGCUAUUCAUGUUCACUUAAAACAACAUUUGGGUGUUGACCAGUUCAUUUGUGAGCAGUGCAAUAAAUCUUUCCAGUCAGCUUCUAGUUUGAAAUGGCAUAUCAAAAAACAUGAUAGGCUUAUACCAUCUGCCUGCCACAUUUGCCUUCGCAUGUUCGCGGAUGAGCAUCUGUUAAAAAUGCACCUGAAAAUUCAUGAUGGCGAGAAAAUGUUUAAGUGCCCAUAUUGUGAUAAGACAUUUACACAUGGGAGCACAUUGAAGCACCAUGUACGCUUGCAUACUGGGCAUAAACCUUACAAGUGUGAUGAAUGUGGGCAUGCUUUUGCACAGCUGGCUAGCUUAAAAUAUCACAAGAUAAUGCAUACUGGUGCGAAGCCUUACUCUUGCCAUAUUUGUGGUAAGGCAUACACUCGCAACUCUACCCUCAGUAUUCACUUGACUAGGCACACUGGGCAGAAGCGUAUACAGUGCCCACAGCAGUGUGACUUCAGGUGUGACACCCUAAAAAAACUUAGGAAACACCUGGAGCAACAACACCCUGAGCUGAAAGAUAUUAUAGAUGUUGUGCUAAAACAGUGCAAGGGAAGAGUUUCUGGGGCUCUGUAUGCUGACUCUAGCGCUAGUCAAGUCCCAUUAAUUUUAAAUGUUGAUAGUUCAGCAAUGGAGCACACACAAGGGCAAGAGGAGACCUACACAUUUCAACAAGAUCAGGAAAUGGACAACAAUGUUGUGUUCGCAAAUCUUGAUGGAAAUGCGAGUGAAAAGCUCUAUGAAUUGACAUUUUCCUACAUGGAACCUCAAGACAAUAAUGAAGUUCGCACCUAUGAAAUAGUCUACCCAAUGCAAGCAUCUGAGCCUGAGGUUGAAGGUCAGGAAGGUUCUGCCAACAAAUCAAUGACCUCUCAGGUCUAUUCCCACAACCCUUUAAGCUCUGAGGUCAUAGAUGCUAGUUUAGAUGCUUUAAAAAAUUUACAAGGCUUUCCAGGUGAAAGCACUGUAGAGGUUCAAAUUGAGGAGAUUGAAGGGACAACCCAUGAAUAUCAAAAUACUCAGAUUGUAGUCAUAGAUAUUGAGCCAUGUGAGCCUUCAUUAAAUGCAGGAUGUGAACCUGCCAGUGAUGGCAAUAACAGCAAUCUUAUGAUUCCUGGUGCUGAAAGUAAAUCAGAGGCAGUGAUUCAGGAAGGUGAGCUUGCUGUGAUGGGAUAUGAAAGCAAUGAUGAUGAAAUUAUUGUUGUGGAUGAAGAAGACCAACCUUACAGAAGGUAUAAUGAGCAUCUGUCUACUCAGUCCUUUUGUAACUUUGAAGAUAAGGAAAAUGUUGAAGUUUCUGAAGACAGUAUUGAAAUUGAUACAGAAAAAGCUGUAACAACUAUAGAGAAAACUGAAGCUUCAGAGAAAGGUGAAACUAUAGAAAAAGCAGAGACUAAAGAGAAAGUUAAAAUUCAAGAAAAAAUGGUUAUUCCAUUAACACCAUCAUUGACUAUGAGUUUAAGAGAUAGAAAGCUCCUCAAGCGAACAUUUAUAUUGAAAAAAGGCACACGCAAAAAGAAAGACUCUACCCUGGACUCAAAAUCUGAUAUAACAGCUGUGAAGCAUGAAGUUACAGAAACAGAAUUGCCUAAAGAAAAUAAAAGCAAAAAACUAUCCAUCCUAAGGAACUUACCCUUAGAUAAAAGUCCAAAAAUCAAAGCAACAAAAAGAACUGCUGAUAGUGAUAACAGUAGUAAGUCAAAAAGAGAAAUAAAAGAAAGUCAAGAGACUAAAAGAAAGAUAGUAAAAUCAAAAACUAAAAAGCAAUAUGCAUCAAACGAAGGCAUGGAAAACAAUAAGAAAAAGAAAGACAAACACAUUGUCAUAGAAAGUAAUGAAAAGAAGAAAGAACAAAGAGAUCUCUAUGAAAGUAAUACAAAAAUGAAAGAAAAAAGUGUUCUUAAAGAAAGUACUAUAAAAAUUAAAGACAAAAAUGAUCGCAGAGAAAGAAAGAAAAAGAAGAAAGAACAAACAGAAUGCAUAGAAAGUAAUAUUAAAAAGAAAGAUUCAACUGACAGUAAAGAAAUGAAUAAAAAUAGCAAAGAUAAAAGUAUUAAGAAAAAGAAAGAUUCAAAUAAAAAAUUUAAAUCUAAAAAAGUUCGUGGUAAGAAAAAACAAUACUUGGAAAAAUUUAAUGAGGACAUAGAAGAAGAUGGAAUUCUUAAGAUAGAUUUUAACGAAUGUGGUGAUUGUGGGCUAACAUUUUCAGAUCCGGAAAGCUUAGAAACCCAUCAAUGUCUCCUUGAUGGUUCACCCUGUUACCCUUGCACCAUAUGCAAAAGGAAGUUUUCACGGCCUGAAUUUCUAAUGCUGCACCAACUCACCCACAAAGGUACAAACUCUUUUUUGUGCAGCCACUGUGGCAGCAUCUUUGACUCAAUGGAUAAACUGUCUGCUCACAUCACAGACAAGCAUGACAGCAUGCAUCCUUUUCUUUGUAGCGUUUGCCCAUUCUCUUGCAAUCAUCUUAAAGAGCUCAAGCAGCACAUUAAGACACAUGAAGUCCAGGAAACAUUGGUUUGUGAAGUUUGCAAUAUGACUUUAACCAAUGCUAAGGAAUAUAAAAGCCACAUGAACAGCCAUGAAAUGAAAAGGCCGUUCAAGUGUAGCUUGUGUGAUAAAACAUUUAAAGUGAUGUCUUGUCUCAAGUUGCAUGAAAAGAAAAGACAUACAGGUGAGUAUUUUUUCAAGUGUGGCAUCUGUAAUAAAGCCUUCAUCGCAGCUUCCAAACUGGAGAGACACAUGCGAGUCCACAGUGGCAUUUUGCCUUAUGCCUGUGAAAUUUGUGGGAAGAUGUUUAUCGAUUCACGAUUAUUAAAAACUCACAUUGUCACUCAUAAAGAUGAGCGUCCUUAUUCCUGCAAUGUUUGCAGUUUGAGCUUCAAGCAUAAGAGCACACUCAACGCUCACAGUCGAAGACACACUGGCACUAAACCUUACUCGUGCCCUAUAUGUAAAGUGUCAUUUGCACAGCUUUCCAGCGUGGCCUAUCAUCAGAGGAUACAUGACGGUGUCAAGCCUUAUAUUUGUCACAUUUGUGGCAACUCUUACACAAGGAACACAACCCUCAACAUGCACAUGUCAGUCCACACUGGCAUAAAGCGCCUGUCUUGCCCUUACUGUCCUUUCAAGGUUAACAGGCAAAAAGGCCUUAGGAAUCACAUUGAGAAAGAGCACAAGGCCAAAUCAGAAACUUUCACCAUUGAAAUUCCUAAUCCCCAAGAUCAAUUUGUCUCUACUAUCUUAGAUUACAAGCAGGAAAUUGUAGGGGAUGAACUAAAAAGUUUCAAUAAUUACAUUGCAAAGGAGGACAAGUCUGUUUCCACUGAUCUUUUUACCAUAGUCUCUUACCAGCCACAGGACCACCUUGAUGUUUCAAGGAUUUUGGACUACAAAGAAGAGAUUGUUGAUGAGAACAAUGUGCUGCCAGUGGCUGAAUCAAAUAUAGAACUCCUGCCAGCUGAACCAAUUGAUGAACAGCAAAUCAUCAUCAUGCCUUGUGGCCAGCAGCAGACAUCCAGUUUGAGUGUGGCAGAAUCACUUUUGCAACUACAGCAGCAGACACCAAAGCAGGAGUUUCUACUUUAAUUAAGUACCGGUAGAUUUAUUAGGGUUUUAAUUAAUGUUAUUUAUUACUGUUGUUGUUUAUUACAUCCUAAGCUAAAGAAUUAGCUUAUGAUGUCUGAGUGAAAAGUGCUGGUAGGAGUUUUAUAUCUAGCUUAAUUCAGGAUAUAAGAUAUCCCAGAAGAGCUCAUCCAGCUUGAUUAGGUGCUCAUUUAAUAGAGGUGAGGGGGAUGAGGACUCAGUGUAGCUGGUCAUUGUGCAUAUAUAAAAAAAAAAGAACCUUGUUAACAACUAUUCAGUGAUACUUUUGAUUGUACUAGUCCAAGGGCUUGAAUAAAAAACUCCUGAAACACAAAAGUACUUUUACUUCUAUGAAUAUAAAAAAAAAACAUAAGUUGAUAAAGAUCAGUAACUCAGUCCAUGUGUCUAAGAAAGUCACUGGGAAAUGUUGGUUUAUCCUGUUAAAUUUUGGCACCAAAUAUGGAUUAGAAAGAAAAAAAAACAACUUCAGUGUAAACCGGUGGUAUGCAUCUUUAGUACAAUAGGCUUUCUUAUUUCUAGCAUUUGAUUACUUAGUCAAAGUCUCAGACUCAAGUUAUUUUGGAAUAAAAAAGGAUUUAUUUACUCAAAUUUGAUACUAUUAUGUACAUGAGAGAGAAAAACUGGUUAAAUUUUGUGUUGGCCACAUUAAAUCCUCUUUUUUGGCAGGUAUUGUGUACUUUUUAAUAGCCACAAAGGUGACAAAUUGAAAUGAAAGGCUCAUUAUGUGAACUAAAAAGUUCUUGUCCGGACUUUUUUCUUUGUCAAUUAAAGAAACUUUUGCUUUAUUGUAUGUAUUGUUUGAUAUUUCCAGUGUCAGUUAGAAAUAUCUAUUUGCACACCUUCUGGUGUUCAGCACAAUGUAAAAACCUGAUAUGAAUUUUACAAAACUUGUGUGUCCUAGAAACAUAACAAAUAAAACGUUUGUCCCAAGAUAUUAGAUAUGUUGUUGAUCUUUCUGUUGUUUCUCAAAACUGUAGACUUUAUUAACAUUGCCUGGUUAUAUGGUCUGCGCUAUGGACUGUCAUUUGGAUUAUCCUGUUGUUUUUUUUUUAACUUGCCUGCUGCCACACCCCUCCGUCCUGCGGGAGGUUUGGGCUAGGAUGUAAUAAUCCUCAAUUCUAAAGGAACCUCUGAAACAUGUCAAAUGAACAAAACAUUAAAAGCUAAUUAAAAUUCUUCAUGAUUAUAAUGUAAUGUUCAGUCAAGCUUUUUUUAAAAUUAAAGAUCACUUCUAUAAAUGCAAUGUUUGAAAUUAUGUAAGGGUCUUAGAAUUGAAUAUAGCCAUUCUAUUAUUUACAUUGUCAUACUUAUUGCUGGAUUACUUUUCAGCAUGCAAACACUAUUGGAAUUUUCUUUGAACGCAAGGAAAAAAAUAAAACAAAUUAUUACCAAUAAUCAAAGAUUAGUUCAAAUAAAAUAAAUCUCCAGUUGGUAAUCAGUUGUAGAACACUAAUUGUAAUUAAGAAAUGUUAGUACCAGUAUCUCUAAUUUAGUAUCUAAUAAAUAGAGCACAAUUAAAGUUGUAUGUUUCUUUUAGAAAUCAACACCCUUUGACCAAUCUUGAUUUUGAACAUUCCUUAGACUGUUGGGGAGUCUGUUGGCAUUAUUAAAUACCUUACUGUCUGAUUUGUUUUAACUUCUAGAAUAAACACGGGCAACACUGUGUAUUUCUGCUUGUUUGUAAAUGAAUUAUGUGUUAUGAUUUUCUAAAUUUUUUUAACUUGCUUUAAUAGGGAUAAUGAAUUGUGGGUCAAGAUGAUGUCACCAAAUGUAAUAGUAAUGUAAAAAUGCUUAUGUGUGCUUACCUUUGUGUUUAUUGAUUACCAGUAUUUUAUCUUAAGGCUUUUUUUUUUAAAUGUCUUUGUAUCAUGGACUUGCAAAAUUGUAACCCUAAAUAAUGCCAAUCCAAAAUGUGAACUACACAAUCAACCAGUCAUUCAAAGCUUCUCCAUUAGAACAUGGACUCUCAAGAUCUUAAGAUGGCAAGUAAGCUUAUAGUUAACUGUCCCAUGUUGUUGCUUAAGGAAGCAACAAAGAAAUGACCAUAUGCCAGUGGAAAAGCACAGGAAUUGGGAAGAUGAGGCUAGACAUAUGUUGGGGGUGUAUAGUUGUAACAUUAGUUUUUUUAUUAAUUAAUUAAUUUAAAAAAUGCAUGUACCCGGUAGUUGAAACCAAUAUUAUUACUGGGAUAUUUGUGAAGUUUAAACUGUUUCAGUAGUGAGUGUGUGAAGUAGCAAUGUUUCAGUAUUUGAAGUUAAAACUUGUCAGUUCUUUGUUCACGAGAAUUAUGAAACAUAUAUAUCAGUGCAUUCAAGGUGAUGCUGAUGACUUAUUUCUGUGGCCAUUUAGGUGUAAAAGUCUUGUGUAUAACAAAAUAACAAAUGAUCAGCUACACUGUACCAUGAAAAGAAAACACAUGGGAAUGAUUACUUCUUGGGCUUAGAACAUCCCCCAAAUCCCUGAAUGUCCACUUUCAUCCAGUCAGACUAAAAGCUUUUCAGUCCCAUCAGAUGUUUCUAUAAUAAGACUAAAUUACUCACUUCUAUUAGCUAGUUUUCUUGACAGGCUCAAGUAAAGAAUGUAUUAUUAUUUUGAUUAACUCUUUAAAAAUAAAACAUCUUAUAAUAUCUUGCAUUAAUAUGAUUUUUUUAAAAAUUAGUCUUCCAUUGUUAGUGUAAAUUAUACAAUAAUGUACUCACUUAGUAUUAAAUUCUGUAAAAGGCUAAAAACAUUCCAAUAUAUUUCUUUCACACAUACUGUAUUAGCUUAUUAACUAUGGGUUAAUACUGAAUAAUAUAAUAAGAAAUCAUUUCAGUCUUAGGAAUGAUUUAGUUUUACUAGUAGUUGUAAGCAUCUAAAUAGAAUAUUUUAUAUUUUUUUAUAUUUUAGUAUUUUACAUAAAAAUGUCUUUCUGGAAUAUGUCAAAAUAAAACUAGCUUGAUUCUAGGACAUUCAAUAGCCCACUAUUAACAUUGGUAUAGAAUUGCUUAUUGAAAUGCUAACCUAAACCAUUUAGCCAUGAUCCAAUUUUUGUUUCAACUUGUAUAGAGAAGAAAAAAAAUGGAAUAACUUGUCCAAGUGUAAAGUUUGUAUUUUCUAUGAUAAAAUUCAAUUAAUAAUAUUUAUGCAUACAAGCACAUAUAUUUAUUGAUAAAGCUAACCAAAAAAUGUUCUGCCUCACUUGUCUGGGCCAGGCUUGCACCUUAUUUUGUUUUAGCAUUUUUUUUGGUACUGUUAGUUAAUUAUUACUUAUGUUAUGUAAGUUGGUAUAAUCAUUGUAAAUUAUGAACAUUGAACUACAUGCCCAUUAUACUGCAGUGUACAUAUACUUUGUAAUUUUCUCUGCUCCAUACAUGUAGAUACAAUUAUUUUCAUAUUUUUCUUUGUACAAAUAUAUAUAUAUAAUAUAUACUGUAUUGCUCCACCACCCCCACUAGUUAUAAAUUUGUUUGUUGAAUAUUCAGAAUUUGAAAUCUUUUUUAAAUGAAAGCUUGUAUUGACUGAUGACAUGUGUUUGGGAACUAGUGUUGAAUAAACUGAAGUAUACCCUACAAGUUUGGUAUUUGAAAUGGCUUGGAAGAUAGUAUUUUUUGAAAAAAAAAUUCUCUCUUUCUUAUUCAGUUACAAAAAAAAAAAAAAAAACUAUAGAAAGAUUUCUUUUAAGAUAAAAAAAAAAACUAAGACAUUUUAUAUUUUAAGGAUGUGCUAGAGACUAAACAUUGUUUGUUAAGUUUUUAUUUGCAGCAAAUAUGGUUUCAAUAACAAAUGAUUUCAACAAACAUAUAUUUUAAACAAGAAUGAACGUAUGUGAUCCCUCUCUAAUACAUUGUUACCAUUCAUUUCCAAUGCUAAACAAACAAAAAAAUGUGUGUGAUACAUGUUGACAAAUUUAAGGCACUACAAUUUCAUGUAGUGGUAAGGUGAACCUGUUAUUUAUGCAAAUGGCACCAUUUUUUUUAAAGUAAUCUCUGAUGACCCUGCUUUAAUUACAAUAUAUUUAGAGGUCAGACUUGUCUAUAAAAAAAUCUAAUUCAUUGAAUUACAAAACAUUAGCUGUGUGAGAAGAUCAACAUCUUGUAGUCAAGUGAUAGAAAUGACAUGCAACAUUCAAGUGAUAGUAAAAAUGGUCAAACUCAUGGUCAUUGCCUAUCUUGUAUUUUAUAAGUACAAUUACUGUUUAACAUUUAGCUAAUGUACUUAAUGAUUUCUUGAAACACUGACCAAAACAAAAUUAUUUCCAUUAACAUAAAGUCAAGGUAUUCUAUAUGGCUGCUGCACAUACAUUUUUCGGUUAUUUUCUGGAGCUCAAUAUCAUCACAUCCAAUAAGGACCUUACUAAAACAGCUUCUUUAAAACAGCUUCUUUUUAUGAUGGAAUUAAAAGGUUGUUUUUUUCCUUCAUCAUUUAAGUCAUUAAAGCAUGUGUUAUUUAUAGAUUAAAAAUAAAUAAAUUUUGUAAUGAAAAGUGUUGUGGCAUAUCUCUUCUGCUCCUAUGGUUAUCUAAAUUAUAUCCGUUAGUUCUUAAGUUCCAAAAAUUUAUUCAUAUAUUCAUAAAAUGAACCAAAAGUUACACAGCUUUAACAAAAAAAAAACAACCCACAAAUUUGA